AUACUAACGUUGUUAGUAUUUUGUUAAUAAUGUCUGACCAAAAGCGUGAAAGACGUAGCCGAGAAAGAGGACGAAGUCGACAUGGCCGGCAUCGUGACAAGUCCUCUAGUAAUGUUAGACGUCAGAUGGAUUUGAUUCUUGAACGUCUAAAUAAAUUAGAAGGUAAUAAUGUGCAACAAUCGCCAACGUCGGAAGCCGCGACUACACGGGUACCUUCGGACCUUGGCACACGGACGCCGCAGGUGACAAAGAAUGUGGAAGGGGCAGGCGCAGGGUCUUCCUCGAGGACUCAAUCUGUGCAGACUCAUCAGAUGAUGAGGCCAUUCGAGACCAAGUUGCUGAAACUGAAGAUGUUCAACCUAAUACCUCGUCAGAAGCGGGGCCUAGCAGAGAAGUACAGACACAUUCAACAAAAGAGAACGAGGACGUUCUCAUGUCAGGAGAGGCCGUGUUGAACGAAUACUGAGUGACGUGGCUUGGGAAGUGACGUCACCGGACAGACGACGUGGCAUAAGAAAAUAUAUGACACGCAGGCGGCGAGGCGGCCAUAUUUAGUUGACAUAAGAGAUAGAAUUGAAUAGUCCUUAAUGUUUUUGU